ACGCGGCAGCUGUGGGACCCUCACCUGCCCCGAGCCGCCGGUGCCGCCGCCAUGAGCGGCCCGCAGCCCGGAUAUCUUGGAACCUACAACAGCCUUACAGACAAACACCUGGUUGGGUAUUUCAACAACACCAGGAUAAGACGGCAUCUUCAGAGAUCAGGACUGAUCUCAAAGAGUGGAAGAAUAAUACCCGAGAAGGAAUACCGGCUAAAUGCUCUGAGGAGGGAUCACCAGAGAUACGUACAGGAGUGCCUGGCUCGCGCCAUAUUUCACAAGGUCCUUGACAUAGAGCGCCAUCGUCAGCGGGAAAUAAAGCAGCAGCUUGAAAGUUCUCUGAAGAAGGAGAGGGUGCAGAAGGUCAAGAUGGAGCAGUUCAGAAGAUCAGUAGAUGGUGCCAACCCUAUGCACUUCCCGCAUCCACCACUUGCUCCAAGGUAUCAUUAUGGGCUCCAUCCUUUUUUGGUUGAAGAAUCAGCUGGUCACUCACAACUGAAUGAAGAGAGGUUUUCAGUCCUGGCUGACCUUCCCCUCUCCACGCAGAGGGCACCUGGAUACUGUGAUUACAGUGGUGGACAUCCUCCUCCUCAUCACCAGCCCAAGGAGCCUGACUUUUCUAGGGUGACUUCCUGGCGACCCAACACAGCUCCAGGGAACAUGCAGCACCCCCCUUGCCUCCAGCCGCUUCGCAGCAGUGCUGCAGAGGGGUCUCUACCAAAGACUUCAGGUUCUAGCCACAGGUGCCACGUGCUGAAAUGUGUCAAGCAGUUUGUCAUCAGGCAGGAGAGGAGUGGCUCAAGAGUUCUGAAUUCAGUGAAGUGUGUGACUGGUGUAUCCCCAUAUCAACUCCCUGCCAUCAACAACUAUGUGAUGCCAGUGCCACCUCCUCGCUUGCAAAAAAAGAGCCUAAAUGCAGAGAGGAAUGGGAUGCCCAGAGGGAGACAAUUUCAUCUUGCCACUGCACCCAGUGAUGCAGAGCAACCUCCAAAGAAGCCCGCUGGAGGGUUCUCCAGGUCCCCGCUCCGCAGCAACGCCUGCGUUACCAUGAUCUUCCUGGGAAAAAUUGUGAAUUUAUCUCAUGAUGAUGCUGAUUGCAGGGAUGAAAUCAAAGUCUAUCAGCAGCAUUGUGGAGGAGAGAACCUCUGUGUCUACAAAGGCAGGCUGAUGGCAGGAGAGACCUUUCAAUUCAUCUCAAAGAGGCACCGUGGUUUCCCAUUCAGCCUCACCUUUUUUCUCAAUGGGAUACAAGUGGACAGGUUGAGCUGCUGCUGUGAGUACAAGCAUCAGAAACGUUCCAGGCUGGGAGGCAGACAUGGGUCCUUUGCGAUUCUCCACGUGGAGGGGGCAUCUCCUUGCUACAGGUGCAUUAUUGCAAUGGGUCUGGACAAAGAGCCAUCCCCCCCCAAGAGGAAGGUAGAGGAGGACCAUGAGGAAAAGUAUGUGGGUUUCUGGGGAGAUGGAGCCUGUAGUGAGCCAAGCAAAAGCCGUGUUGAGCAGAAAUCAAGAAGAAAUUCAGUGUUAGUCAUCCUGCCAAGUCAUGGAGCAACUAUGGAAACUGCUGGGGGUGAAAUGAAGACCAAAUGGGAGUAUGGAAAAGAAGAAAUGAAAAAGCCAGCUGAUCGUGAGCGUGAAGACAGGCAGGAAGACACCAUUAAAAAUGAGUAUGAUGAAGAUUUUGAAGCAGAUGAAGAAGUUAAUGAAGAGGGGCAGACCAAUGAUCAAAUGAAUGGGAUGUCAAAGUCACCCUCAGAUGAUAAAAACCAUAAUUUAGACUAUGAAAAUGAGAGCAAAACCUCAUCACAGAAAGAACUGCAGGCCUCUGACAGUGAGGAGGAUGAAAGUGAUGGGUAUUCUGACAGCAGCUCUGAGGAUGAUGAACAAGGUGGGAGGCAGGUGCACUCUUUCUCAUCCGUCAGCACCCAGUACAGCAGUGAAGAUGACUCUUGUGCUGAAACGACGAAAGACGAUGUUGAGGGCAAAGAGGAGUGUAAUGAUGAAAGGGCAUCUGAUGCACAGUCUGAAGCACAUGCACAGUCUGGAAAUGAGAAUGGGGAUAAUAAACUGCACAGAGUGGAGGAAAAUCAGGAAAUUUCUGUACUGGAAAAGGAAGGAAUAGAUGAAGCAGAAAAGGCAAAACCAGAUCUAACAGCAAGCGGAGACACUGGAAUUUUUCAUGAAAAUACAACAACAAUACAGCAUCAAAGUCCUGAAGUUAACAGGGAACUCGACCAGGUUGCAUCAGUCCAAAGUGACACGGGGGAAGAUGAGGAGAACACCAGUACCGGGAGAGGUGAUGGGGAGGAAGGUGUUCUAGUGCCUUUGGAAAGCAGUGUGACAGAAGUGGAGGACAGCAAUGAUGAGGCUUCUUGCAGUGACGAAGGAGGGGUUUUUGAUGAUUGCAACUCAGCCCAGGCGGAGAUGGCAAAGGCAGCUGGAAAUGAUCACCAUGGGAAUUCCGGACCUGAACUUGGUGAUUCCGAUGUGAACGAGGAAGAAGAGCACAUAAUGAGUGCAGAGCAUGAUGCCAGUGAAGCACCAGAUGCAUCCUCCUUGGCAGAAGAAGCAAUAACACUUGACAAGCAGAAGGCAACAAAACAAGUGGUACAAGAUGGGCAGAUGGAAGGGGAGAAACAAGCACUUGAGGAGGAAGAGUUUGUGGCUGAGGGAGGAGAUGCUCAAUCCAAAGAAGCAGAAGAAGUGCCACAGGUGGGAGAUCUGCUGCCCAAGGAGGACACCGUAGCUGUGCUCCUGAUGGAGAGUCUGCUCGCAGUGCAGGAAUCUGCACCUGAGGAGAACACCCAGGCAGAAGGAGAUCCCAAAGGACAGGAGACAUGGAAGGGAGCGGAGACUGGUGCAGAGCUGAAAGCAUCUGGGGAAGAGUUGGCGCAGAAGGGGAAAACAGCAACACCUGAGCUUGGCGAGGCAUUGGAGGUGGAGGGGAGUUCUUUCCUGAGAGUAGAAGACACAGUGGAGGAGUCUGUGGAGCCUGGCAAGGGUCCCCUGCUGCAAGAGGCACCUGCACUGGAGGCACUGGUGGGUGCUGGAGGGGAUCCCUUAAGUGAAGGAUCACUUAGGCUGGAGGAGACCUCAGCAGCAGAAGAGGAGGAGGGCUCAGCAGAAGCAGUCUUGUGUGGAAACCCAUCUCCAGGCAGCAAGGCAAAGAUGGAGGGAGCAGUGGAAGGGAAAGCGGACGGAGGGGUGGGGACGGCAUGCGUGCAGGGGGGCAGAGCAGAGCCAAGGGCUGGAGAAGAGGGCACGGGGCGAGCAGCAGAUCCGGGGGAGCGGGCAGAUGGGAUGGAGGGGCCGCCGGGGUGUGCUGAGGGCACAGGGAAGGCGCAGCCUGCUGGCGAUGGGGCACGGGGCAGGAGGGGACCGCGGAUGGGGCCGAUGCGUUGA